AUGCGACUCAUCAACACCAGAACCGGCCUCUUCGAAGAGUUCAUCGGCAGCCACAUACCCAAGUACGCGAUUCUCUCGCACACAUGGGAGGACGAGGAAGUCAGCCUCGAGGACAUCCACAAGGCUAUUCACAGUCGCAAGAAAGGCUUUCACAAGAUCAUCACGACGUGCGAAAUGGCUGCUCGAGAUGGAUUGCAGUAUGCCUGGGUCGAUACGUGCUGUAUCGAUAAGUCUAGCAGCGCUGAGUUGACAGAGGCGAUCAAUUCCAUGUAUCGAUGGUAUCAGCAAUCUGAUAGCUGUUAUGCGUUCCUAGCGGAUCUGCCUGCGUCAGCAUCUCUGGACGAGUUUUUGAGUACUUGCCGCUGGUUCACGCGAGGUUGGACAUUGCAGGAGCUGAUAGCGCCCAAAGACGUUUUCUUCUUUGACCGCGAAUGGAACUACAGGGGCUCGAAGAUGUCACUCGCCGCUCAACUUUCCGAUAUUACUGGCGUCAGCAAAGGCCUGCUGCGAGGCGAGAUCUCCCUUGCUUCAUUCUCUAUAGCGCAAAAGCUGUCAUGGGCGGCACAUAGAGAAACAACGCGGGUCGAGGACAUAGCUUACUGCCUGCUCGGUAUAUUCGACGUUAAUAUGCCGCUGCUAUAUGGCGAAGAGGGAAGCGCGUUUCGAAGACUUCAACAGGAGAUCAUGAAGUCCACGGCCGACUUGAGCAUAUUAGCUUGGAGGCUUCCGUCAACGGGACAGAACACUAGCAGUCGUGUUCUAACCUGCGUGUUGGCAGAUACACCAGCAGCUUUCUCCGGUUGCGGGACAUUUGAACCGCUGUUUCAUACUGAGCUGACCGAGUUCUCCGUCACGAAUAUUGGAGUGAAAACUCGUGCGCAAGUCCUACGACAGAUCAUACCCGGCACAGGGGCUCGUCGAUAUGCCUUACCGCUCAACUGCUUUUACUUUCAGGGGCUACCAAUCCGAAGACGUUUGGCAGUGCGUCUCAAGAAAGUCGGCCCGGAAAUUUUCCUUCGAGAAGACCCCUGGACGCUUCUGGAGUAUACUGAAGAGCUCGGUCCGAACGUUCCUUUGGAAAGAUAUCUCCUAACAGAGAUUCCGGAUCGGGUCCGCUUCCCGUACGCUCGGAUCGUAUCUAUGGAUGCCCUUAUCCCACGAAUGCGGCUACACGCCCUUCAGAUCAGCCUACCUCCAGAUAUGGAGAUCCGUGAUGCAUGGCCUCGCCGAUUCGAUGACGAAGAUCAGCUCUUCUUUACCGGUAACAGCCGGGGCGAUUCGGCCGUCCUGAAGCUUUCAACGCACUUUGGGUUCGAGAACGGGGGAACAAAAUGGAGGUUUGUGUCUAUAUUCUACGCCGUCGGGUGGUCUUCCCACAGCGCGCAAUUUUCCCUGCUCGACUCUCAAGACUUUGCAAGUAAAGUUGGCGAACUGCAGCUGGGUAUUGCAGACUGGGAUCAUGACAAGGAAGGCAUACUGGAUCAGUUGACCUACCACAAGAUUCCUAGGUCCUCCGCGGUUGCCUUCGAGAUUCCGAAGACAUCAAAAAGUGCCCUGGUAUCACUGACGCGACAUUUGGUGAGCGAGCCGACCAUGUGUGCGAACGAGUUCUGGAGAGUUGAGUUUUCCUACCAAGUACAUGAGACAAGUGAGAUGCCUCCGAUCGAACAAGACGAGUGGGUUCUUAGGGAAACUUAGAGUUAGGGUUAUCGAAGUUCACCGACGAAGAACUCAAAUCAAGGUUGCCGGCGAAAUUAAAAACUAUCCUUCCUUUGAAUCCUGACGAGAGCGAAUUGGAGGUUUUGAUGGCUCAGCCGUAUCGCGUUCACCAACUGUGCGUACCAAGUUAUAUCAAGGGCAGGGUUUUACUAGCUGGCGAUGCUGCACAUGUAAACAACCCUGUAGGUGGCCCGGGUUUGAAUUGUGGCAUAUCCGAUGCGCACCUGGCGGCCCUAUCCAUCUCUUCGGCGCUCCAACAGACGGAUGAAAGGGAGUUC